UAACUGCUGUCUGCACGUCAUUAAACAAUGAAAGCAGUGGUUGGAUUUGUGGUGAUUCUACUGGGGGUGUCUCAUGGUGUGAAAACUCACUGUGAUGGCAGACAGGAUGGAGCUCAGUGUUAUGGAGCUUUGGGAGGAACUGUUGACAUCCAGCUGAUGGACAGCACCUCAGAAAUAUCUAGAUACCAACUGUUAAAGAAUUCAUUAAAAAUACUAUAUGCCAUAAAUAAUAAGGUUAUUUUUAAUACCAUAGCACAUAGAUCUCACUUUUCCCCCAGUAAUGGAACAUUUAGGAUCAAUAACCUGAGCAUUACAGACAGAGGAAAAUAUACCCUUCAAACCUUUGAUUCAGAUGGAAGAUCAUCAGGCGAGUGGACUUUACAGUUGUUUUUUCAAGCUCCUGUGUCCUCUGUCCUGCUGGUCUCUGAGUGUCUGUCCCAGGGAGAGAUGAGGGUGUCCUGCUCCUCUGAGGGAGGGGACAGCCCUCAGUACAGCUGGACUCUGGAUGGACGCACACUGACAGAUGCUGAGCUCCUUUCUAGAAAUAUUAAGACUAACAUCAUCACUCUGAAGCAGCACGUCUCAGGACAUCUGGGCUGCUCAGUCAAAAACCAUGUUAGUAAAGUCUCCAAAGAACAGAGAAUAUCUACCUGUGGAUUCAUUUUCAUCAACUGCACUUCAGUCAAUGGGACACAAGUGUCAGGGUGGGUGUAUGCAGCCAAUAACACCCUGUGCAUUGAACCAACAAGUGAACCAACCACAACCACACAAACACCAAUGGGACAUUUGCCGCUGAUCAGUGGUGUUCUGUCAACACUUAUAAUUUUCUUAGUUGUGGUUGUAGCAGCAAUCUGUGCCCAGUGGAAAAAGAAAAACAGCAAAACAAAAGAGGAAGAAAAUGAUCAGGAAGAAAUCUUUGCUGAUCUCACGGUUGUGAAACGGCAGGCGAAACAACUGGAGAAAAGGGCGGAGCUAGAGUUUGGCCAAGUCAAUUGUGAUGAUCCAGAUUCCAAGAUGCCAGUGAUUCUCUUCAACAGACUGCUUUCCACUGGUUUCUGUGCACAAGAGGAGACAGGGGAACAGUGGGAGAACAGCAUCACUGAGGCUGGAGACGGAGCAAUACUGGAAGAGCAUAUGGGAGAAGGACGCAACCCAUAA